CAAACAGUGACUUGGAAUGUCACCAUGACCAGCAGCCAUCAAAGCUGUGAGUCAAGUACAAAAGAGAUUUUGAAGAAAGCAAAGGGAGGGGCUUCAGCAUCGUCACGGAUACUCCUGAGUUGCAGAGGCUGAAGAGGACCCAGGAGCAAAUCAGCAACGAAUAUACUUUAUAUUCAAUGUCAGGAGCCGUUUGCAGAUGCAUUCUUCAUCAUGCCAAACCCCUUAGAAUGCAGUUCAUCAUAGGUGGGAGAAAAAUGUCAUAUGAAGAGGAAAGAAAAAGAAACCAAUAAGAGAGUCCUAGACUUUGUCAGACGGAUGGAAAUGCCCAGUAAAGAGUGAAUAAGAACUCAGAGCAUGGUUGAAAACGAGAAGGGACCCUGCUCAAGACUCAUGUAGGCUAUUCACCAUGGAAACAGACAUCACCAAAUGCAGCAUGAGCAUUGUCAUCGGAAGUGGAAGCUAACAGGGUCAAAAUGAAGGUGCCCGUGUUUGAGGAUGUAAAAGAUGAGACCAAAGAGGAAAAAGUGGAGGAGGAAGAAAAGCAGGAGGACACGGUAUUUCUGAAGCCUGUUAUUGAAGACCUAAGCAUGGAACUGGCCAAAAAGUGCACCGAGCUCAUUAGUGACAUCCAUUAUAAAGAAGAGUAUAAAAAGUCCAAGGACAAGUGCACCUUUGUGACUGAUACGCCUAUGCUAAACCAUGUAAAAAACAUUGGUGCUUUUAUUUCUGAGGCAAAAUACAAAGGAACCAUUAAGGCGGAUCUUUCCAACUGUCUGUACAAGCAUAUGCCGGCCACUAUUGACAGUGUCUUUGCAAGAGAAGUAUCCCAGCUUCAGAGUGAGGUUGCCUACAAGCAGAAGCAUGACGCUGAGAAAGGGCUCUCGGAUUAUGCCCACAUGAAGGAACCUCCGGAGGUGAGACAUGCCAUGGAGGUCAACAGACACCAGAGUAAUAUCUCUUAUAGAAAAGAUGUGCAGGACACCCACACAUAUACAGCGGAACUUGAGAGACCGGAUAUCAAGAAGGCUACUCAGAUCUCCAAGAUCAUAAGCAAUGCGGAAUACAAAAAAGGGCAAGGCAUAGUAAAUAAAGAGCCACCUGUAAUUGGAAGACCAGACUUUGAACAUGCGGUGGAAGCCUCUAAGCUUUCUAGUCAGGUUAAAUAUAAAGAGAAAUUUGAUCACGCACUGAGGGAGCAAAGCCACUGUUACAACCCACUGGACAGUGCUGCUUUCAGACAGCAGCAGCUCGCCACUGCCCUGGCAAGUGAAUGGGAAUAUAAAAAGGAUUUUGAAGAGAACAAAGGGAUGUAUCACUUUGAUGCCGAGGCCACUGAACACCUGCAUCAUAAAGGCAAUGCCACCCUCCAGAGUCAGGUAAAAUACAGAGAAGAAUAUGAGAAGAAUAAAGGGAAGUCCAUGCUUGAGUUUGUUGAGACACCAUCAUAUCAGGCUUCAAAGGAGGCUCAGAAGAUGCAGAGUGAGAAAGUUUACAAAGAAGAUUUUGAGAAGGAGAUUAAAGGGAGGUCCUCACUGGAUUUAGACAAGACUCCUGCAUUUCUACAUGUGAAGUACAUCACCAACCUGAUGAGGGAGAAAGAAUAUAAAAAAGAUUUGGAAAAUGAAAUAAAAGGGAAAGGAAUGGAACUUAGUUCAGAAGUUCUUGAUAUUCAGAGAGCAAAGAGGGCAUCUGAAAUGGUCAGCGAGAAAGAAUACAAGAAGGACCUGGAGUCAGAAAUUAAAGGGAAAGGAAUGCAAAUUGACCCUGAUACCCUUGAAAUACAACGUGCCAAAAACGCUGCCAAGAUAGCCAGUGAGAAAGACUAUAAAAGAGAUCUGGAGACAGAAAUUAAAGGGAAAGGAAUGCAGGUCACCGCAGACACUCUGGAUGUUCGGAGAGCUAAGAGGGCAUCUGAGAUGGCCAGCCAGAAGCAAUAUAGGAAAGACUUGGAGAAUGAAAUCAAGGGGAAAGGGAUGCAGGUGAAUAUGGACAUCCCAGAUAUGCUUCGAGCCAAGAGGGCGUCUGACAUCUACAGCCAGAGAAAGUAUAAAGACGAAGCUGAGAAGAUGCUUUCCAAGUACUCCACUGUGGUAGACACUCCUGAAAUCCAGAGAAUCAAGACGACGCAACAGAACAUUAGCAAUAUAUCUUACAAGGAAGGAGUGGGAGCCGGCACAGCCCUAAGGAACACUCCAGAGAUUGAGCGGGUGAAGAAAACCCAGCACAAUAUCAGUUCACUCCAGUAUAAAGAUCAGAACUAUAAGGCCACUCCAGUAACCAUGACCCCAGAAAUAGAGAGAGUGAGGAGGAACCAGGAGCAGCUGAGUGCGGUCAAAUACAAAGGAGAGCUAAAACAGCCAACUUCCAUUUCGGAUCUACCAGAGCUGAAGAGAGUGAAAGAAAACCAGAAGAAUAUCAGCAAUGUUUAUUAUAAAGGUCAACUGGGAAGGGCCACGGCUUUAAGCAUAACUCCUGAAAUGGAAAGAGUAAAGAAGAAUCAAGAAAAUAUUAGCUCGGUGAAAUACACGCAGGACCACAGGCAAAUGAAAGGCAGACCGUGUCUGAUCUUAGAUACACCUGCUUUGAGACAUGUUAAAGAAGCACAAAACCAUGCUUCCAUGGUCAAAUAUCAUGAAGAUUUUGAGAAGACAAAGGGGCGAGGCUUCACUCCCAUUGUGGAUGACCCUGUGAUGGAGAGGGCAAGGAAGAACACCCAGGUUGUAAGCGAUGCUGCCUAUAAAGGCGUCCAGCCUCAUGUCGUGGAGAUGGAUCGGAGACCUGGGAUCAUUGUGGCACCUGUUCUUCCUGGAGCUUACCAGCAGAGUCACUCCCAAGGCUACGGGUACAUGCACCAGACCAGUGUGUCAUCCAUGAGGUCCAUGCAGCAUUCACCUAACCUAAGGACCUACCGAGCCAUGUACGACUACAGUGCCCAGGAUGAAGAUGAGGUCUCCUUCCGAGAUGGUGACUACAUUGUCAACGUGCAGCCAAUUGAUGACGGCUGGAUGUAUGGCACCGUGCAGAGAACCGGGAGAACGGGCAUGCUCCCAGCAAAUUAUAUUGAGUUUGUGAAUUAAUUCUUCCUCCUUGCCCUUUGAGCUUUAUUCUGAUGUAUUCUAAACCUGACCUUUUUAAAAGAUAGAAGAUACUUUUCAGAUAACUUGGCAAUUAUUUUACAAUAAUGUAUCCUUACUUUGACAAUUAGACACACAGGUACCAGGAGGAAGGAAUGACUUUUGGGCUGGAAACAGCAGCAUCCAUAGUAAUUCCUGUAAAGAAAACCAUUAGGUCUGGAGACCUGGUGCUGCUAAUUGUGUUUGUGGUUUCAUUUAGUUGGCUAUUCAACCCUUCUGGGAAAUGUAUUUUUGUAGACUUUAAUAGAGAUGUUGAUUGUCCCUUACAUGUAACAAGUGUAUGAAACUUCUUAGCUGUCACAUGGAAUCAUCUGAAGCUAAUUUUCAUAGUCCAGCAACACAGCCAAUAAUUUAAAAAUUGUUCAGCUUUUGAAUCAUUGGGUAAUUUUCAAUUCAAGUGAGAACUGCUUAAUAUAAUAAAUGGGAACAGUGGCAGAAUGAGUCUGGUUAAAAUCAUAUUGACUGUAGCCUUUGGGAGCAGGCGGGAAACUUGCCCUUUCCCUAGGCUCACCGGGAUCUAGCUAUUUCUUGUUUGUUUCAGGGUAUAGCCUAUAUUUCUCAGUGUUUCUUGGUAUUUCACAUGUGUUUCAUGGCAUAGCCAAUCUCCAUUUACAUUCUAUAGGGCAGUGCACAUGCUCCGGACCCCAGACCAUCAGGACCGGUAACUUCACAGCUACUCGGCAAAGGGCAAAGUUCAAUGUCAUCUGUAUUAUUUCCCUAGUAGCCUCUAUCCCGUUGCAUGUCUAGUGGGCUUAAGCUUCCGUAACAUGGCAGCUGCUUGCCCAUCCUUGUUAUAAAAGUCAGCAGUGUGGCUGAUCUUGCCCUGCCCUUUCUUAUAGUUGCCAGCUCAUAAGAAAACAUUUUGAAAAGUUGCUUGAGACUUUCUUGCUGUAUUAAACUCUAGCUUUGAAAGACUCAUGCCUGAGGAAAUACACAUAUACUCUAGUAAAUAGAAGACUUAUGUAUUUACUGGAUAGCUUUCGCUCACUUAAUGCUACUACCAUUGAUUUAAAAGCGCAGUGAAUUGGACAGCAUUCUGUGUAAGGGGAAAUGGACUAUACAGUAUAGCAGAGGUGAAACGAAAUGCAAAACAUCAAGUAGACGUUUGCUCCACAAUUCAAAGAUUUGGUCUUAUAUUUUGACAAUUGGUCUUCAGACUCUGGGAUGGAAAUAUAGCCACUAAGUAUAUCUAUAAAAAGGAAUCCUUUUCCAACCUUGGUUUUCAUUUUCUAAAUCACAUUCAAGAUUAGAUAAGAAAAUCUUCAGAGAUUUUUUUUUUUUUUUUUUUUUUUUU